AAGGAUUUUUUUUUGGACUGUGGAGGAUGGAAAUGAGUCACUGAGAUGCAGCCCUGAGUCGAUAGCUGCUGCUGCCACGUCGGAGCGCUGGUCUGGAGCUGCUGAGCGCAGCGCCUGCAUCCAGAAGAAGGUCAGGAACAGGAGUGGGACCAGAACAUCCUUUCCAAUAGGGACAGCGGGUGCAGUGCUCUACAUCUCUAAGCAGGACCACAGCAAAGAAGCAAUAUCUUCAUCAAGGACACCCAGUGCCUACUGCAGUCGCCUCCCAAUGAUCAGUAACAACCACAGCAUGGACGAUUUCGAGACUGAAGAGGAUGAGCCUUGGUAUGAUCAGCAGGACUUGGAACAAGACCUGCAUCUUGCAGCAGAGUUGGGGAAAACCCUUCUUGAACGUAACAAAGAAUUGGAAGACUCGCUGCAGCAGAUGUACGCAACCAACCAGGAGCAGGUCCAAGAGAUUGAGUACCUCAGCAAACAACUGGAGAUGUUACGGCAGAUGAAUGAGCAGCACGCCAAGGUGUACGAGCAGUUGGAUGUGACGGCACGUGACCUGGAGCUUCACAACCAGAGACUGGUACUAGACAGCAAAGCAUCACAGCAGAAGAUAGAACGAUUGACAGAAACAAUUGAAGGUUUGCAGAAUCAAGUGGAUGUGCUUCAAAGCCAGGUGCAGGAAAUGAGAAACAUGGAUCAGCUGCGAGUUCGUAGGGAUAAGCGGGAACGCCGGAAAACUAUCCACACAUUUCCCUGUCUGAAGGAACUGUGCGCCAUGCCCAGGUACGGUUCUCAGGAUGAUGCUUUCCCUGGGACUGGGACGCUCGCUGAGCCCGAGCAUAAGCGCCUGGAGAAGGAGAAUGAGCGGCUGCGGCUGACGGCCAAUGCCCUAAGACUGCAGAUCAGCCAGGAGAAGCAGCGCAAGGAGGCGGCAGAGCGGGAGUGUGCGGCUGUGCUGGGCGAGUACUCUGAGCUGGAGAGGCGGCUCUGCCAGAUGGAGAGCUGCAAGCUACGGGUGCGGGAGCUGGAGGCCGAGCUGCGAGAGCUGCAGCAGAUGAAGCAGGUGAAGAAGUACCUGAUCAGCGGCGAGGACAACCUGUCGGAGGCCCUGCUCGAGCCGCUCAACAAUGCCCCGGAGUCCGACGACGGGGCCCCGGCUGGCACCAGCCCACCGGCCGCCAGCUCAGGCCAGGCCCGCGUGCGCAAGAGCUGCAGUGACACAGCGCUCAGUGCCAUCAUCACACGGGACGACGUCAGCCGGCAUGAGGGCAACUACACGCUGCAUGCCAACAACGUGCGGAAGAGGGGCAUGUCUAUCCUGCGGGAGGUGGAUGAACAGUACCACGCACUGCUGGAGAAGUACGAGGAGCUGCUGGGCAAGUGCCGGCGGCACGAGGAAGGCCUGCGCCACGCAGCGGUACAGACAUCGCGGCCCAUCUCGCGCGACAGUUCCUGCCGCGACUUCCUGCUCGAGUGUUUGGAGGCGGAAGUGAAGGCUCCAGAGAAAAGCCUGAGCCUGAGCCAGCAGGUGGAGGCGGCGGACAAGAGGCUGGGCCACUCCCAACCCGAGUACAAGGCCCUCUUCAAGGAAAUCUUCUCCCGCAUUCAGAAGACCAAGGCUGACAUCAGUGCCAGCAAGUCCAAGACCAAGGCCUCCAAGUGAUCCAUCAACAGAGAAACAGGAAGGUUGUAUGAAAGCUGCCACAGGCGCCAUCUUGGAUCCACCUGUGCCAUCCCAUGGGAGUCACUCUUGCAGGAUUCUCUCUCUUUACUGUGCCAAUCAGAAUGCAGCUCUUUGACAGAAAUAUCCACACGGGUCUGUUUUCAGACUUCUUACGCACAUAACUAUUAUACAAUACAGGAUGUAGGAUUUCCCCAGCCUUGCUACAGAGGCAAAAUGCAAUGCAUUAUGUUUAUUUUUAAAGGUGUUUAGUAUUCUCCAAUAGAGGAUGAUGCCCACUAUCUUCGCUUUCCUGUCAUGAAGGACCCCUGUUGUCCUGUCGCACCAAUCUAUGGCCAAGACCUGAAUCACAGAUGCACCUGUGUUUUCCUAAAUGCUCUCUGAUCCAGCGUUUCUCCAGGAUUGACCCUGAUCUGCUGCUUAUUCCAAAUUAUGGGAACUUUACUGUCACCACUCUUCACAAUGCAAAAUGUCUGCUUUUGACACCCAGGUAGUUUCCUAUUUUUUGUUCUUGUUAAGUUCAGUAUUAUAAACAACAUUUCGGAAACCGGCUCUGGCAGUACAACCACCAUCCUAACAAGGCUGGAGGGUUUUAAAAUCACAAGAACGCUUAACAUAUUGCGACUGUUACAUGGUAUUAGAUAUGGGGGGUUAGUAGUUCUGGCAAGCUGGCCCCAACAAAAGACUAAACUUCCCUCUGAGAGGAGCAUUGCCAUUCAGUACUGUCCACUGCACUCUCUGUUACCAACUGUCCACUUGGGUUCGGGGUGGGGGAUGGUGUUAGUGUGUUUACAAGUUUUCUUGUUUGACCUGGUUGACUUUAAUUGUCAGACCAGGCCUCUCUGGGUCUGCUAAGUUGACUGUUGACGGGGUUGGUAGGGGUGGGAGGAAUGGCGGGGAUGUGAGGGGACACUAUGCAAUAAUGUAAUUGCUUUCACAAAUAUAAUUCUGUGUCUGGGGCGGGAGAGAGAGGCAGUAAUUUGGCUUUUAACCUGGUUCCUGCCUUCUCUGAUGCAUGAGGAUUUGGUCUGGCGUGUGUUAUCUCUGCCUUCACUAUUUGUUGGUGUCUGAUUGAGUUUCAUGGCCUCCUGUGACUCUACGGUCUCCCCAUCUCACCUGAAAUCUCUCACUGCACUCCAGCCAUUCUCCAGCCACACCCAAUGGGUGAGCCCAGAUAGUGAGGCUAUUGAGGAGGGAGGCAAAUCAGCCAGGGAUCUGCUCCUGAUCCCUUUCCCGUGCUGGCUUCUCCCCAUCUACAUUGACAAGUCCACAGUUGAUCUCAGCUCCUGGGCUAAUUCGGUUCCAUUUUCAGUAUGUUUAUGGUGCUUGUAUUACACUCCAUGUGCAUUACCUUAUAUUUGGCAGUAUUAUGUGUAAUUUACCACUGUCUUCCUAUAUAGGCAUUGUUGUGCAAUUUGAGAGGCCUCUUCAGACUUUUACUGAAAAUGGAGCCUAGCCUGGCCGGGCCUUCUCUUUAGGACUGUCCCCUUGGUGCAUUAUUCACGUGUUGUGCUGGAGACAGGUUGGAAUCGAUAAUGUAUUUUGGGACGGAGUGGUUUCAGCCCCACGGAUGAUUGGGGGGAGCAGGCAGCCUUGUGAGGUCUCAGAUCUGCUCAAGGGUGGGAGUACAGACAAACAUGGGGCUGCUGUUACCUGGCCACUUACAUCUCCACAACCUCCCAUUAUUGUCAGUGAAAUCCCCUGGGGUGGGAGGGUGUUGUGCCAUAGCCCAUGGGGGCUGGAUGUCCCAUCCCAUUACCCAGGGGUGGAAGGCUGUCCCCUUUCCCCUGUGCCUGGAGAACUUGUCUAUCACAUUAUCCAGUGGGUUGGGGGGGGGGUGCAGUCCCAUUAUUCCUGGGAUGGCAGUUCCCUUUGCCUCUGGAAAAGCUGUCCAAUUACCCCAAGGGGAGGGGGUACUGUCCCAAUACGCUGCUCUGCUGGUCGUUCUUUCGGGUUUCACUCUGCAGACACUGAGCAAACGUCUUUCCAGCAGGAUUAUCCCAUUCCCUGGGCUCACCUCCCUCAGCUUGAUCUACACAAGACUUGGAAAGGUAUUUCUGGCCUCAGUGGAUGAUCCUACAGCGCUAUAGAGUAUCUGAGGAGAUCAUGGAAUCAUCUUGUACCUAGGUUAAGGGACAUGAAAAGCAUGUUCAGUGGGUCUCCGAUGGCCAAGUUGCGUGUUACAAAAAUGGAUGGUUAGAGGCCCCAGGGCCCACUCUCUCAUACAGUCUACAUUUUGCGGUUUCCACUGUGGGGCAGUAGGGGCUGACGAUUAGACUGAGCUUGGAGGCGAAGCACACUGUGCUGAAUAGCACUGUAUAAAAUUGCCAUUUCAGUGGGGUUACCAAGGAUGGUGAUGUGGAACCCAAUCCGAACAAGACUGUACAUAAGGACGAAGAUUGGGAUGGUUCAGUGUGUGAGGGAUCCCUGACACUGAUACUGCAUCCUCUCUGUGACAUAGAUUCAGAGGUUAUCACACGUUACAGAAAAGUGCCAAAAUUAUUUAUCUUCCUUUUUGUUUAAAAAGUAUAAUUUCAAAAUAAGUACUAAACCUCUUGUUCCUUGUAUGAUUCUGACAUUAAAAGGUGAUGUUGCUGUUA